AUAAACGAAUGUGCUACUUUCCCUCUCUAAUAUUUUGUGUUCACAUUCAUUCUUGUUCCAUUUCCACAAUUACAAACGACAACAUUGCAACAUCAAUAAUUGUGUAUAUAUAUAUGAGAAGAAGUAAAUAAAAUUGCAAAAAUUGUUGAAAAUGUCGGCAAAUGAUCAAUUAAGAUUUGAUGGUCGUGUGGCGAUCGUUACGGGUGCCGGUGCUGGACUGGGUCGUGAAUAUGCAUUAUUAUUUGCUGAACGAGGAGCAAAGGUUGUUGUCAAUGAUUUGGGUGGCAGCACCUCAGGCGAAGGUUCAAGCAAAGCAGCCGAUAUUGUUGUAAACGAAAUUCGGGCAAAAGGCGGUAUUGCAUGCGCAAAUUAUGAUUCAGUGACUGACGGCGAUAAAAUAAUCAAAACGGCCAUGGAUAAUUUUGGACGAGUUGAUAUUUUAGUAAAUAAUGCUGGCGUAUUGAGAGACAAAAGUUUUGCAAAAAUUUCCGAACAAGAUUUGAAUAUCAUAAUGGAUGUUCAUUUCAAGGGAAGCUUUAAAACAACACAAGCGGCUUGGCCAAUAUUCAAAAAGCAAAAUUAUGGUCGUAUUAUCAUGACGACGAGUAACUCAGGAAUUUAUGGAAAUUUUGGUCAGGCAAAUUACGGUGCAGCAAAAAUGGCUCUCGUUGGAUUGUGCAACACAUUGGCCAUUGAAGGCGAACGGAAUAAUAUUCAUUGCAAUUGCAUCGUUCCAACAGCCGCAUCACGUCUCACUCAAGAUGUUCUACCGGAAAUUCUAUACAAUGAAUUGAAGCCAAAAUUAAUAGCUCCCGUUGUUACUUACUUAUGCCAUGAGUCAAGUACCGAUAAUGGAGCCAUCAUCGAAUCAGCAGCCGGAUGGGCAACAAAGUUGCAUACGGUGCGCGGAAAGGGAGCAAUUCUACGUUCGUCCAUAAUGGAAGAUGUAACACCGGAAAAGGUUCGAGAUGCAUGGGAACGUGUAACUGAUAUGUCAAACACUGAGCGAAUGAGUUCAAUUGCUGAGGCCACUGGUAGUUUAGUUGGAAUCCUUGACCAACUCGAAGUAGAUCAAAAAGCCGGAUCACAAAACGGCCAACAACACCAGGACAUAUUUUCAUUUGGAAAUAAAGAUUUAAUACUAUAUGCACUUGGCGUGGGUUGUACCGUAAAAGAUUCAAUCGAUUUGAAAUUUUUAUACGAAAAUCAUCCGGACUUUACAUCGUUGCCAACUUAUUUCAUAAUGCCAGCGUUGUUAUUGGCAAUGUCAUCGACUUUGACACAAUCGGCAAUUACACAUACGCAAUUUGAUUUAUCACAAGUACUGCAUGGUGAACAAUAUUUGGAAGUGUGUGAUGAACUACCUACGGAGGGUAGUGUUUCCACAAGCGGAUCUGUUAUUGAUGUUGUUGAUAAACGAUCUGGAGCCGUCGUCGUUUUAAAUUGCGAUUCGUUCGAUCAAAAUGGAAAAUUAUUGUUUAAAAAUCAACUCUCAACGUUUGUUGUUGGGGCCGGAAACUUUGGUGGCAAAACAAAAGCAUCGGAUGAGGUUAAACCGGUGAUUCCAACACCAAAUCGUCCAUUUGAUGCGUCAAUCAAAUAUACAACUAGCGUUGAUCAAGCUGCCCUAUAUCGACUAUCUGGCGAUUUGAAUCCAUUGCAUAUUGAUCCGGAGUUUGCAAAAUUGGGUGGACACAAAGUGCCAAUAAUGCAUGGCUUGUGCACGUUGGGCUUUUCAGUGCGAGCGAUUUUAUCAACAUAUGCUGACAACGAUGCAUCCCUAUUUAAAGCGGUUAAAGCACGUUUCACAAAACCGGCCAUACCCGGUCAAACGCUCGAAAUUCAAAUGUGGCAAAAUGGCAAUCGAAUUCACUUCAAAACCGUUAUUGUUGAUACUGGAAUCGAAGUGAUAACAAGCUCUUAUGUUGAUUUGAAGGAAGUUAAAAAGUCGAAGGCUACUCCAAUGGCAAAUUCAUCGAAUUCAACAAAAUCAUCCGUUGAACUAAAAAGUGAUGUUAUUUUCCAAACAAUUAGCGAACGUAUUAAAGAAAACAUUGAAAAGGCCAAAUCAGUGAAUGGCAUAUUCCUGUAUAACAUCACAAAAGAUGGCCAAAUCGCUAAAAAAUGGACAAUCGACUUGAAGAGCGCAAUAUUGUAUGAAGGCCCACCGAAUGGUGUCAAUGCAGACACAACGCUUACCGUGAACGAUGAUGAUUUCGUUGAUAUUGCACUCGGAAAAAUCAAUCCUCAGGUUGCAUUUAUGAAGGGAAAACUCAAAAUAGCCGGAAACAUUAUGCUGACGCAAAAGCUUCUUCCACUGCUUAAAACUGGACCAAAGCUUUGAGCAAAUUACUUUAAUUGCAUUCAUUCCAGUGACGUGGUCACUCUAUGAGAAUAACACAUGGUUUAAGGGUUUGGUGCUUGCUGAAUGAUUUUUAUCACAUUUUUACAUGGGUUAAAUGUAGAUACUAAGACACGAUUGUUAUGAAUUUCAAAUUCAAAAUCCAAUGGCAUUGUCCGCAAUAUGUUGCAUUUCA